AUGGCCGUCAACCGCAUUAUCACUCGCUUAUCCGCCAGCACCUCGCCACCACAGCCUCUUUGGACGAGCUCGGCGUUUGAGCCUGACAACACAGCCUGCCCCCACGCGGCUGCCCAGGCUACAGCCGCUCACCGGGUUGCAGCUGGGGUGCUGGGCUUCAAGCUCGGCGCGGCGUGUAACGGACGCAGCAGCGGCUGUUUUGCCGCCGCAUCCCGGCCCAUGUCGCUCGUGAGACGGAGCCGAGACAGAGCCAAAUACCUUUUCCAGGCAGCCCGGGAUUGGGCCGCCACCCUAGGGCCCAACCAAUGGCGGUCGCGGGCGGCUGCGAUGAGGCUGCUUUCCAAACAGACCACUGGCCAUGACGACACGGGCCGUGAAUGGCGGUCGUCGAAUGGCGUGUAA